AUGAGUUCUUGCAGCAACGUUUGUGGGUCCAAGCAGGCACAGGCUGCUACCGAGGGCGGGUACCAGCGCUAUGGAGUCCGGUCCUACCUGCACCAGUUUUAUGAGGACUGUACCACCUCGAUCUGGGAGUAUGAGGAUGAUUUCCAGAUCCAGAGAUCACCUAACAGGUGGAGCUCAGUAUUCUGGAAGGUUGGACUCAUCUCGGGCACAGUCUUCGUGAUUCUCGGAUUGACUGUCCUGGCAGUGGGCUUUCUUGUGCCCCCCAAAAUCGAAGCCUUUGGUGAGGCCAAUUUCGUGAUGGUAGACACACACGCUGUCCAGUUUAAUGGAGCCCUUGACAUGUGCAAGCUGGCGGGCGCCGUGCUCUUCUGCAUCGGGGGCACAUCCAUGGCAGGGUGCCUGCUGAUGUCGGUGUUCGCAAAAAGCUACUCCAAAGAAGAGAAAUUCCUUCAGCAAAAGUUUAAAGAGCGAAUCGCAGACAUCAAGGCCCACACCCAACCCAUUACAAGAGCUCCAGGCCCGGGAGAAACAAAGAUACCAGUCACUUUGUCCAGGGUUCAAAAUGUCCAGCCCAUAGCGGCAACCUGA